ACCAAAACUCUUCUUUCCUUAUCUAUAUAAGCUUCAUUCAUUCAACCAUCUUCAUCACAACGCAUUUCACUUCUCUCAUUAACCAACACUCUCAAACUUCUCAUUUCAAGCUUCAAGUAUCUUUCACUCAACGAAAAUGAGGAGUGAUUCGACUACCAUUGAUGUCCCCGAAUCAAGCGCUGUUGCGAAAGGAAAAGCGCCUCUUAUGCCGGCUCCAAGGCCAGAAAAAAGUCCAUACAAAAAGGGCUUAGCUAUAUUUGACUUCCUUUUAAGGAUAGGUGCCAUAGUGACAACUUUAGCUGCUGCUGCUGCUAUGGGAACCAGUGAUGAAACUCUUCCUUUCUUCACUCAGUUCUUUCAGUUUCAAGCUGGUUAUGAUGAUCUUCCAACUUUUACGUUUUUUCUGAUUGCAAUGGCAAUAGUAGGUGGCUACCUAGUCCUUUCGCUUCCCUUCUCCAUCAUAACAAUUGUUCGUCCGCACGCAACUGGACCAAGACUCCUUCUAGUCAUUUUGGAUUCUGUGGCACUAACUUUAACCACAGCUGCUGGUGCAGCUGCCGCUGCCAUCGUUUAUUUGGCACACAAUGGAAAUCCAAACACCAACUGGCUAGCUAUUUGUCAGCAAUUUGGUGAUUUCUGCCAGAAAGUCAGUGGGGCUGUGGUGGCAUCUUUCAUUGCUGUUGUGCUCUUUGUGGUAAUGGUGGUGCUGUCAGCUUUGGCUCUCGGAAGGCAUUAAGAAAUCGAAACCGGCGCAAAUGAUUUUCAUGUUUUUAUGAUUCCUUUGUUGUGUCCAGAAAUUUGAGUUUCAUUUUAUAAGGGUACUGGUAACAGUGAUAUCUAUUAUAUUGUACUGGAAGAAUUGGUAUUGAAUCUAAUGUGCUUGUGUUGAAUCAGUCCAUUCAAUACUGCUUUUGAGCAUCUGCAUUUUAAUGUAUUCUGACUGAAAUUAAAGAAU